GCCAGCUGAGUCCUGCAGGAGAGCUCACUACUGUGCUUGCCCUCCCUUUCCUUUUGUUUUUUCCUCUCCUCUUGUCACUGCCACCCCAGAGGAAGAGAGGGAGAGUCCAUUGUUUGCAUUAGUCUGCUCGAGCAAUUCCUCUCCUGAUGUUUUUGAGGGAUUCUCCAGCACUCUGAGGGAGCCUGUGGAUACUGCCUUUAAAUCAUCAUCUCCUGUGGAUUACAACAGCUGGAUGAGAAGAUAAAGGCUUUUUUUCCCUCCUCUUUCCUUUCUCAUUCCUUCCUUUUCACUUCUCCUCCUGAAGCCAGCGUGGCUCCAAGCUGGCAGGCAUGAUGCUACCGGGAGUCUUGCACAGCCUGCUGCUCUUCUGCCUGGUUGAGGAGAGCAUCAGCAAAGUCAGAAGAUACUACAUUGGUGCAGUGGAAACCACCUGGGACUACAUGCACAGCGACCUGCUCCCCGUGCUGCAGGCACCUGCAGGCACAUGGAGGCACCCAGGCUCACAGCCCCCCGUGCCUGGUGUGGCCCCCCGGUACAGGAAGGCCGUGUUUGUGGAGUACCCUGAUGGCUCCUUCACACAGCCCAAGCCCAAGCCAGCAUGGAUGGGUCUCCUGGGCCCCACCAUCCGAGCAGAGGUCUAUGACAAGGUGGUCAUCACGUUUAAAAACCUGGCCUCUCGCCCAUACAACCUCCAUGCUGUUGGGGUGUCCUACUGGAAGGCAUCAGAAGGUGCAGGCUAUGAGGAUGAGACCAGCCAGCCAGAGAAGGAGGGUGACAGAGUGGAUCCAGGGAAGACACACACAUACAUCUGGGAAAUCCAGCAAAACCAAGGCCCAACAGAUGGUGACUCACCAUGCCUGACCCACUCCUACUCCUCCAACACAGACAGCGUGAAGGACAUCAACUCUGGUUUGAUCGGAGCCCUGCUUGUGUGCCGACCUGGGACUCUGGGGAGUGAUGGGAAUGAGGACAGGCGGCAAGAGUUUGUGAUGCUCUUCGCAGUGUUUGAUGAAGGGAAAAGCUGGUACUCUGAGCCUGGCUCUUCAGCAGCUCCUCAGCCCCUGCCUCACAACAGAACAGAGCUGCACACCAUCAAUGGCUACAUCAAUGGCUCACUGCCUGGUCUCACGCUGUGCCUCAAGAAGCAGGUCCGCUGGCACGUGAUUGGGCUGGGCACUGGGCCAGAAGUCCACUCCAUCUUCUUUGAAGGCCACACAUUCCUGGUGAGAAGCCACCGGCUCAGCAGCCUGGAGAUUUCCCCUGCCACCUAUCUCACAGCCCAGACCACGCCAGGAACGGCUGGCUGGUUUCGGAUGUUCUGCCAGUUACUGUCUCACCAGCAAGCUGGCAUGGAGGCCAUGGUGAAGGUGGAGGAGUGUAUGGAGGAGCGCCUGGUGAAGAUGGGGAUGGUGUCAGAUGAGCCAGAGGAGGUGGAUUACCCUGAGGAGUAUGAGGAAGAUUUUCAUGUGAUCCAAGUGCGCUCUUUUGCCAAGGAGAAUCCUGUGACCUGGACAUACUACAUCGCAGCUGAGGAGGUGGACUGGGACUAUGCCCCUGUGAAGCCACCAUCUCUGGACAGAAACCUGACGAGGCUGUUGCUGGAAGCUGGCCCUCAGAGGGUGGGUUCAAAGUACAAGAAAGUGAUGUUCGUGGAGUACAAGGACGCAAGCUUCAAGGAGCGCAAGAUGUCAGACCAGACGGACAAGGGAAUCCUGGGGCCCGUCAUUAAGGGGGAGGUUGGAGAUCAGUUUAAGAUCGUGUUCAGGAACCUGGCAAGCCGACCCUACAACAUCUACCCGCACGGCCUCACCAGCGUCAGUCCGUACCAUGCCAUGAAGGCCUCUCAAGGUAAGAAUGUGAAGGACAUUCCUAUCCCCCCUGGGCAGUCAUUCACCUACAGCUGGAAGAUCACUGCUGAGGACGGGCCAACGCAGGCAGAUCCUCGCUGCCUCACCCGCUUCUACUACAGCUCUGUCGACCCAGUCCGAGACACAGCCUCAGGCCUGAUCGGGCCUCUCCUGAUCUGCUUUAGGAAGUCCAUGGAUCAAAGGGGAAAUCAGAUAAUGUCAGACAGGACAGGGUUGCUGCUGUUCUCAGUCUUCGAUGAGAACCGCAGCUGGUACCUGGAGGAGAACAUCAGGAGGUUCUGCACUGAUGCAGCCCACGUGGAUACCCAGGACCCCCAGUUUUAUGCCUCCAACGUGAUGCACACUAUUAAUGGCUUUGUGUUUGGCACCCUCCAAUCAAACCUCUGCCUGCAUGAUGUUGUGUACUGGUAUGUCCUGAGUGUUGGGGCCCAAACAGAUUUCCUCUCCAUCUUCUUCUCUGGGAACACAUUCAAGCACGACAUGGUCUUUGAGGACGUGCUCACCCUUUUCCCCUUCUCUGGAGAAACGGUCUUCAUGAGUCUGGAGAAGCCAGGCAUCUGGACACUGGGGUGCCUGAAUCCUGAUUUCAGAGACCGAGGGAUGCAAGCCAAGUUCACAGUCUUGCAGUGCCAGCAGGAGCAGUACCCUGAUGAGGAAGAUUAUAUUGAUGAGGACACCUUUGACUUCCAACCAAGGAGCUUCUCUAAGAGAAAGAGAUGGCAGAGGCCAUGUGUGAAUGAGCAACUGAACAAUGGGACCUCUUCCAGAAAUGAGACAGAGAACCCAAAACUCUGCUUGACAGAGCUCAGCCAUGGGGCCCUCCUGAGCAGCAGUAGGAAUUUGGAUCCCACCUCCAAUGGCACAGCAACACUUCAAGGAACAAUCCCACAUCCACCUGAUAUUUCCAGGUCUUCUCUGCCAGAGACAAACUAUGAGCCAGUGUCCUAUGAAUCCUUCCUGGAGGAUGAAGAAGAGCUGUUGAAAAGCAGCAGCCAGGAGGAAGGGUUUGGUGCUCUCCCACCUGGGGAGCACUUGGAGAGUGUCAGUGGAAGGGUCCAUCCUACUGUGAGCUCAGAAGCAGGUCAGCAAUGGGUGCACCGAGCCUCACCAGCUCCAGAAGAUGUUUUGGCAGCAAAGGUGACAAAAAUCCCAGAGGUGCAGGAGCCAGUAAGGAGGACUAUGGUCCAGCAUGGUCAUACAUUAGACAUCCUGGAAACAGAGCCUCAAAAGAGGACUGCUCCUACAACAAGCUUGUGGGACUCACUUGCUUCCGCUGCUAGCAGGGCUCCUCUUCAAGAGAACAGGAGCUCAUCUCAUCAGAUGGACCUGGAGCACAAUCUGGCACUUCAAGACAUAUCUUCUCAGGGUGCCAAGGAUAAGCUGCUAAGAGGCACUGAUAAAAUAUCCUUAGGCCUAUAUGAGUCAAAGGAGACAAUUAAUACAGAACCAGCUUUAAGUGCUGAUCAUAACUCUUCCUCUGCACUGGACCACCCUGCACCUCCAGAUGAGGAAGAAGACAACAGAACCUCUCCCAGUCACACCAGAGGAAGCAAUUACUCAUCAAAGGAGCUAGAUGCUAGGCUGAGGAAGAGACCUCACAAAGUGGCUUCCCAAGGCUUUGAUGAAUCUUUUGAAGGGAAAAACCUUUCUCUCUCAGAUAUGGGACCCAGCAAACCUGUGCAAGAACAAGUCCCCACAGAUGUGAGUAACUCCUUGCCUGACAAACUGGGCACAGAACAAGAGGACAGUGAGCUUGCCAAGGGCACAAGCCUUCUAGAAACCACCUUUGCACACACCAAUGAACUUGAGCCUUCCAACUAUGUAGUGACAGAGGAGAGGGACGAAUUAGUCUUGGAGGCAGUGCUUCAGGAGGCUACAGCCACUAAGGAAUUGCCAGCAAUGGACAGUCUUGCCUUUCCUGAAACCAAUGUUGUGGCCUAUGGUGAAAGGCAGUUGCCAAAUGCUCUCUUCAACAGCCCUGAACAGCCUUUGAGAGACAGAGAUACAGCCCCAAGCAUGGGAAGCUCCAGCUGGAGGCCUCGACAAGCCAGGUCACUGCAGAGCACAGGCUUGAGGCACAGUUUGGGUCUUCCCAGCACCAGAGGGCCUGGCAGCAGAGAGCCCCCCUCUGAGGGUAACAGAGCAGAGCAGGAGCUGUCCACCCAGACCCCUGAGACAGCAAUGAAUAGGGAAGUCCCAAAGACCUGUGGACCUCAUUGCCCUUUCUGCAGCAUUCACCUCAAAAAGAGGUCCCUCAAAUCAAAUGACUCUUUGCCUGAGGUGAUGGUGGCCCAGCAAAACCCGGAAGGAAAAUCAAACAUGGUUGAGGGAAGACUGCACCUGGGUGGGGGUGUAGGGGGUAGCAGUGAGGGGGCCCUGCAGGGAGCACUAGGGAGCAAGGCAGGGAUGGCAGCAAGCAGCUCAGAGAUGCUGGCUGCUGCUGUGGCUGCUGACCUCACCUCGAACUGGAACCAAGUCUCCCUGGGGACAGAGAAACACACUGGGGGCUUGCAGAGCCCACCUUUGGCUGAGCUGCAUCCAGGCAGAGGUGCUGUCUGGGGAGCUCCUGGGAGUGAGCAAGAUCAGGAGAGAAGACAGAUGGAGGAGGAGACAAAUUCUGUGGAGCAGCUGGGUCAGUUCAGACCUCAGUCUCAGCAGCUCAAGGUCAAUGCCACAGAGGACUACAGACCUGAGAGCACGUCUGGGCAAAGCCCAGGAGAAACCCCUCUGAAAGCAGCCUCCAAAGAGAGUUAUUCCCCAACUCCAAACAGCCCUGCUCACAACCACAGCAUUCCCCAAAGCCCAGAUGGAUGGCAGACACUCAGUGAGGGACAUGUCCUCAAAGAAACUGGGAAAAGGGAAGGGCAGAGUCUAGGAGAACACAAAAAGGAUGAGAAAAGCAACAGCACAGCUGGGAAGAGGAGCCAUGCCCCAGGACCUAGGGAGAGACCAGCUCUGAACAAGACCCAUUCCAGACCCUCAGGGCCAAAGGCUGACAAGUCAGACUACGAUGAGUAUGGUGAGCCAGAGCAGACCAUGGAGGAUUUUGAUAUCUAUGGAGAGGAGGAGCACGACCCUCGCUCCUUCCAGGGGGAGGUCCGGCAAUACUUCAUUGCAGCGGUGGAGGUGAUGUGGGAUUAUGGGAACCAGAGACCACAGCACUUCCUGAAAGCCAUCAGGGACCCCUGGAGAGGCCGGAGGAAGGCUUUCCAGCAGUACCGCAAGGUGGUGUUCCGGGAGUACAUGGAUGACUCCUUCACACAGCCUCUGCUGCGGGGAGAGCUGGAUGAGCACUUGGGCAUCCUCGGGCCCUACAUCAGGGCAGAAGUUGAAGAUGUCAUCAUGGUCACAUUCAAGAACCUGGCCUCACGUCCCUUCUCCUUCCACUCCACGCUGCAAGCCUAUGAGGAGACGCAAGAUGCCACGCAGGGCGGGGAGGUGGUGUGGCCCGGCGAGCUCCGGAAGUACUCCUGGAAAGUCCUGCCCCAGAUGGUGCCCACCACGCAGGAGUUCGACUGCAAGGCCUGGGCUUACUUCUCCAACGUGGACCUGGAGAAGGACCUGCACUCGGGCCUCAUUGGGCCGCUGAUCCUCUGCCGCCGCGGGGUGCUGAGCCUGGUUUUCCGGCGGCAGCUGGCUGUGCAGGAGUUCUCCCUGCUCUUCACCAUCUUUGAUGAGACCAAGAGCUGGUACUUCCAGGAGAACAUGGAGAGGAACUGCCGCCCACCCUGCCUCAUCCAGCAGGACAGCCCCGACUUUAAGAGAAAACACUCCUUCCAUGCCAUCAAUGGCUACACGAGUGACACACUGCCCGGGCUGGUGAUGGCUGAGCAGCAACGGGUGAGAUGGCACCUCCUGAACAUGGGCAGCACUGAGGAUAUCCACUCCAUCCACUUUCAUGGGCAGCUGUUCAGCAUGAGGACCAGCCAGGAGUACCGCAUGGGAGUCUACAACCUUUACCCAGGUGUCUCUGGGACGGUGGAGAUGUGGCCCUCGCACGCUGGGAUCUGGAGGGUGGAGUGCAAAGUGGGGGAGCACCAGCAAGCUGGGAUGAGUGCUCUCUUCCUCGUGUACAACCCCAGUUGCCAAAAUGCCCUCGGCCUGGCCUCAGGUCACAUUGCAGACUCUCAGAUCACAGCAUCGGGGAAGUAUGGGCAAUGGGCUCCUUCCCUGGCCAGGCUGGAUAACGCUGGCUCCAUCAAUGCUUGGAGCACCGACCAGAGCAACUCCUGGAUCCAGGUGGACCUACUGCACCUCAUGAUUAUUCAUGGCAUAAAAACCCAAGGGGCCAGACAAAAGUUCUCCAGCCUUUACGUCUCCCAGUUUGUUGUCUUCUACAGCCUUGAUGGGCACAGGUGGAGGAAAUACAAGGGGAAUGCCACCAGCACCCAGAUGCUGUUCUUUGGGAACGUGGAUGCAACCGGGGUGAGAGACAAUCGCUUCAAGCCCCCGAUCAUAGCCCGCUACAUCCGCAUCCACCCCACGCACUACAGCAUCCGCAGCACGCUGCGCAUGGAGCUCCUGGGCUGCGACCUCAACAGCUGCUCCAUGCCCUUAGGAAUGGAGAACAGAGGGAUCCCUGACGAGCGCAUCUCAGCGUCCUCCUACAGCACCAACGUAUUCUCCAGCUGGUCGCCCUCCCACGGCCGCCUCAAUCUGCAGGGGAGGACCAACGCGUGGAGGCCAAAGAGCAACAGCCUCAACGAGUGGUUGCAGGUGGACUUUGAAGUAACCAAGAAAGUGACUGCAAUCAUAACCCAGGGAGCCAAAGCUGUCUUCACCCACAUGUUUGUGAAGGAGUUUGCAGUCUCCAGCAGCCAGGAUGGUGUGCACUGGAACCUGGUCCUGCAGGAUGGCAAGGAGAAGGUUUUCAAGGCAAACCAAGACCACACUGGCACGGUGAUGAACACCCUGGAGCCCCCCCUCUUUGCCCGCUACGUGAGGAUACAUCCCCGGCAGUGGCACAACCACAUCGCCCUGCGGGUGGAGCUGCUUGGCUGCGACACUCAGCAGGAGUACUGACGGCUGUGGGGCCAGCCGCGGGCAGAGCCCUCCCGAGGCCCCACAUCCAACCACACACUGAACUCUCACCGGGGCUGGAGCCAGUCCUCCACGGCCCUGGCUGCUCCUGCUGCUAGGGAGGGGAAGGGAGAGCUGUCACAGGGGCUGGCUCGUUAUCAGCCUCUUCCUGCCCCUCAUCCACCAGACGCCAUAGUCAGACGUAAUGCUGAAGAAUUAAACAGUAAUUUUCCAGUGUAAUGCUGAAGAAUUAAACAGUA